UCUUAGUGAACUGUCACUCUUAUUUGUCUUGUUUCUCGGUCUAGGUGCACAACAUUGAGCGGGAAAACGAACAGGGUCCGGCAGCCGAGAGAGGAUGAAAGAUAAAGGUGGCAAAGGGGAGCCGACGGUAGACGAGAGGUAUACACAGUGGAAGUCACUCGUCCCGGUUCUUUACGACUGGCUAGCUAAUCACAAUCUCGUCUGGCCUUCUCUAUCAUGCAGAUGGGGUCCUCAGUUAGAACAAGCUACUUACAAGAACCGCCAACGUCUUUACCUCUCGGAACAGACUGAUGGUAGUGUUCCAAAUACACUUGUCAUAGCAAACUGUGAAGUUGUUAAACCUAGGGUUGCUGCUGCGGAGCAUAUCUCACAGUUCAAUGAAGAGGCCCGCUCUCCCUUUGUGAAAAAGUUCAAGACAAUUAUUCACCCUGGAGAGGUGAAUCGAAUCAGGGAGCUUCCUCAGAAUAGCAAGAUUGUGGCAACACACACUGACAGUCCAGAUGUUCUAAUUUGGGAUGUUGAGAGUCAGCCUAAUCGGCAUGCUGUUCUUGGAGCCCAAGACUCACGUCCAGAUCUGGUACUUUCUGGCCACAAAGAAAACGCAGAAUUUGCUCUUGCAAUGUGCCCGAGUGAUCCUUUUGUUCUUUCUGGAGGAAAGGACAAAUUGGUGGUUUUAUGGAGUAUCCAAGACCAUAUAUCUACAUUGGCAUCAGAGGCAUCAUCUUCUAAGUCUCUAGGAUCUGCUGGUGCUAGCUCCAAAAGCAACUCAAAGGCUGCUGAGAGAUCUGUCGAUGGCCCUAAUCUUGGUCCUCGGGGUACAUACCAAGGGCAUGAUGAUACUGUGGAAGAUGUGCAGUUUUGCCCAUCAAGUGGGCAGGAAUUCUGUAGCGUUGGUGAUGAUUCCUGUCUGAUAUUAUGGGAUGCAAGGUCUGGUUCUAGUCCUGCUAUAAAGGUUGAGAAAGCUCACGAUGCUGACCUUCAUUGUGUUGAUUGGAAUCCACACAAUGUUAAUUUUAUUCUGACAGGAUCGGCUGAUAAUACCAUACGCAUGUUUGACCGUCGAAAUCUCAAGUCUGGAGGGGUUGGAUCACCUGUUCAUGUAUUUGAGGGUCAUGAUGCUGCUGUUCUCUGUGUACAGUGGUCUCCUGACAAGUCAUCUGUUUUUGGCAGUUCAGCAGAAGACGGUAUUCUGAACUUGUGGGAUAUUGAAAAGAUUGGUAAGAAGCAGGAAACCAGUGGAUCAAGAUCUUCAAGUUAUCCACAAGGCUUGUUCUUCAAACAUGCAGGGCACAGAGACAAAGUUGUUGAUUUUCAUUGGAACUCCUGCGACCCUUGGACAAUCGUCAGUGUGUCAGAUGAUGGAGAAAGUACAGGUGGUGGUGGUACUCUCCAGAUAUGGAGGAUGAUCGACUUGAUCUACAGACCAGAAGAGGAGGUCCUGUCGGAGUUGGAGAAGUUCAAGUCUCAUAUCCUAUCCUGCAACUCUUAAUUGUCAAGUUGAAGUAGUUAAAAUGAAGUUGUAGUGUUUUUCUUGUGAACCCCAGACUGCUAUUUAAUAUUUUCUUCUAUCAGAUUUGUGCCAAACUCCUUGCUGAGUUGGAACUUGGAUAUGUUGAAGUUACAUGCAUUCACCUUUUUAUUGUAUAACUAUUUAAAGAUGGAAUUGCAGAUUCUAGUGAAUGCCUAUCUAUUAUUCUA